AUGCUGAAAAACCUGACGGCUCAGAUCCUGCGACACACGGCACCAUCCCGUCAGCAUCUUACCCCGGAGAUAGCGCUCCGUUUAAUAACACCAUCUUGCCCCCUAUGGUCAGCGCCGGUCGAGGACAGCCCUUUCAAAGAUCCCUUCUGGGCAUUUUACUGGCCUGGAGGACAGGCAACCGCCAGGUACAUUUUAGAUAAUAAACAGGUUGUAAAAAAUCGCGUUGUACUUGACGUGGGAUGUGGAUGUGGCGCUGGCUCGAUUGCCGCUGCCUUUAUGGAAGCUAAGAGAGUCGUGGCGAAUGACAUCGACGAAGUGGCAGUUAUAGCUUCACUAAUUAACGCAGAAUUUAACGGAAUUAAGAUAGAAACCAAUACAGAAGACAUGAUUGGAAGGAGAUGCGAAGAGUUCGAAGUUGUUUUAAUUGGAGAUAUGUUCUAUGAUGAGGAAUUUGCAAAGGUUUUGUUCGAAUGGCUUAAAGCGUUGACUGAAAAUGGAAAAACUGUAUUAAUUGGAGAUCCAGGGAGGCAUGGUCUGACGCACAGCAGAAGAGAGCACCUGUCUCUGCUAGCCACGUACCAACUCCCGAAAGAGACCUGCCUCGAAAACCACGGAUACACCGAAACUACUUUAUGGAGAUUAAACUCAGUUUGA